UUUUAGCCAUCUUAGGUUUUAUGCCUUGUGAAGGGGACUGGUUAGAUAUUGAAUACUCUGUGGAGCAAGGAUCCCCCAAGAUCACAGUGCACUCAGUGAAGGCCACACAACGUAGGCAACUGGAAAAGGUGUGCGUGACCAGUAUCCACAAGAGAAAAGGAAUGUUGAAUCACACAAUCUUUUUCACCUUGGACUCCCUGAAUCUUCCCUUGGGAUACACCCCCAUUCUAGGCCACAUGGUCAACGUGGUGAUAAUUCAGAGCACCCAGCACAAAUACAAUUGGAGAGCAAUCUCCAUGACCCCAAUUUCACGAGCAGUAGACGGCAUAGGCCCUCGGAAUUCCUCCUCAUUGUUAUUUUUAUACCAAUAGAGGGCCUCAUUUAGUGCAAAUGCUUAGGUUAGGAAUUCUAAAGAAAAUGUCAAACAUGAACUUUCAGGACAACCGCCUGCCUAGAUCCAUCUCCAGAAGGCUUGCCUCAGUGUGGCAGGGGGCAAUCGUCCCAUGCUAGACUCUGAACUUACUAAUCAUCGUCUUCUGGGGAAAGAAUCCCAGACAACCCUCCACCUGCAGUGAUAGAUAACAAGGGCAGAGUUCAUGUUAUUCAUUUUAAUAAAUGAAGUUUUGGCGCAGCCACAGUGCUU